GCAGCGGGGAGGCCGAGCGAGGCGGCUGCGGUGCCUUUAAGUCCCCCCGGCGGCUGACGCCGCCCGCGCCCGGGGAAGGAGCCUCGGCGGCGGCCACAGCCGCAGCCAACCCCGACAUCUUUGGGAUGGAGCCGCCGCCGCCGCGCCGGAGCGCCGGGAGAAGCAGGCAAGCGCUGUCCAGGAGCCGAGGCGGAGAGCCGGCCGGCUGGCGCAAGAUGGAUCUGGGCCACCCGGGACCACCCUCCCCUCUCCCCUCGCAACCCAUUCCCCCUCGAGGGAACCUUGUGGGGCUGGCAUCCCCAGGGGUCUUCUCUCCCGCCACCGUGCCCUUUGUCCCAGAGGGAGCCGUUCGCUAUCAGCCGGAGGGAUCGAGUGGAGUAUCGUACAUCGGAGGGAACCUGCCGAGCGGGACGCGGCCGGACUCUCUGGGUGAAUCGUACCACGCUCGGCUGCAACCGGAUGGGUCCCGCCGAAGAGCAGAGACGGAACCCCAAGAACAGGCUGGCAGCAGACCAAUCCCGCCUCUCUCCUUGGAGAUCAGCAGGGUCCAGCCGGAGGGCUCAGGGCCAUCGGGAUAUAAUACCCCGACUUUGCGUUCUCCGGUAGAACUGCGCCCCUUGUCUCCUGGAUCGGGCAGCUCCUCUUCUCUCUCCAAUCUGUCCCCCUCCAUGAAACUUAGCCAGUCCCCAAGCAGGGGCGGCCUUCCUGAUCUCUGCGCCUUGGACCCGCUGACGUCGGGGAUUCUGGCCACCGUGGAACUGAAGGACACCAUCCCCAAGGCCGAAUCCAGCGAUCACAUCUGCCUGAGCCGGCCGGGCUCAUCCCACCGGCUGGGGUCUCUUUCCAAAGCCAUUUCCAGCGAGUACCUCUCGGGGGGCAGGGUGGGGCCUUCCAAAUCUGCCAUGCUUGCCAAGGCCGAGUCAGAGGAAUUGACCUCCUAUUCGAGGGUCCAUCUGUCGCCCCAACUGCAAGACCCGCGGGGCAGCAGCACCAACCGCCCAGAGAACUUCCUGGAAAGAUUUGGCCGGCCACAAACGAGGCAGGACAAGGAGUUUCGGAUCACGGUUGUCACGUGGAACGUCGGCACCUCCAUGCCCCCAAGCGACGUCACCUCCCUCCUGCACCUCAACCCCGGGGACUCCUGUGACAGCGACAUGAUCGCUAUUGGGCUGCAGGAAGUGAAUUCCAUGAUCAACAAACGCCUGAAAGAUGCGCUGUUCACCGACCAGUGGAGUGAAGUUUUCAUGGAGGUGCUGAGCCGCUUUAAUUUCGUCCUGGUGAGCACGGUAAGGAUGCAAGGAGUUAUCCUGUUUGUCUUUGCCAAGUACUACCACCUGCCUUUCCUACAGGACAUCCAGACGGACUGCACCAGGACAGGACUCGGCGGUUACUGGGGCAACAAGGGAGGUGUGAGUGUCCGCCUGUCCAUCUUCGGGCACAUGGUCUGCUUCUUGAACUGCCACCUGCCGGCGCACAUGGAGAAGGCGGAGCAGCGGAAGGAGGACUUCACCACCAUCCUCCACCUGCAGCAGUUCGAGGGCCCCUCGGCCAACGGUAUUCUUGACCACGACCUCAUCUUCUGGUUUGGGGAUCUCAACUUUCGCAUCGAGACGCUGGACAUCCGCUACGUGAAAUACGCCAUCGACAACAGCAUCCUCCAUCAGCUCUGGGAGAAAGACCAGCUUAACAUAGCGAAAAACACCUGGCCCAUCCUGAAGGGAUUUCAAGAGGGGUUCCUCAACUUCCCCCCGACCUUUAAAUUCGACGUGGGAACUAACAUGUAUGACACCAGUGCUAAGAAGCGGAAACCAGCUUGGACGGACCGUAUCCUAUGGAAGAUCAAAAGUGGGGCCCACCCAGUGCAUUCUGGGAGAUCCAGCGGUGGGAACCUGACUGUGACCCAGCUGUGCUAUUGCAGCCAUAUGGAGUACACUGUAAGCGACCACAAGCCUGUGGUCUCCAUUUUUUCAGUACAGUUUGGUUCCCGAGCCGAUGUGCCAUUGGUGGAGCUCCAAGUGGCCGAUGAGUGGACCAAGCCGGAGCAAGCCGUAGUCCACUACCGGACUUCUUCAGCUUUCCACCGCAGUUCCUGGGAUUGGAUCGCCCUCUAUCGGGUGGGUUUCCGGCACUGCAAGGACUACAUAGCCUAUGUAUGGGCCAAGCAGGAAGACACGGAGAGCCACCUCUACCAGCUAACCUUUCCCGAAGAGUCCCUGCCUAAAGGAAAGGGAGAUUACAUCCUUGGCUACUACAGCAACAACAGCAGCUGCAUGGUGGGGGUGACAGAUCCCUUCCAGAUUUCCUUGCCCACCUUGGAGCAAGUCAGCAGCGCCACGGACAGCACCAACAGCACCUCCGAAGAGGAUGACGACAGCACGCUGGUGCUCCUUGGCCCCAAAUCCCGUAGCCCCAGCCCCGGCAAGAUGCACCGUCACCGUAGCCGCAGCCCCAGCUUGGCCAAGUUCCAGGGCCUGCUCUUGCGCUCCUCCAGCCGUGAUCAAGGGGCCAGCCGCAGCCCCUCACCCCAGGGACGCCGCCACAGCACCAUUCUGAAGGCGGACAUUCCCAGCAUCCAGUUUUCCAAGGACAGCCCACGGCACCGCUCCAAGUCGCGGGAGAUGGUGCAGAACGCUGAGACCUCCUCCUCCUCCUCUGCCUCCUCCUCCUCCUCUACCACCUCCCAGGCUCGGACAAGCUGGCGCUUUGAGGAGACUCCGCUGUCCCGGGCCGAUCCAUGGAAUCUGGGAUUGCUGCCUGCUGUGCGUUUGGAGACGGUGGACCGAGUCAUGGGCUCCCGACGUGACAGCUCUGACCCGAGUCUGCCUGGACGAAGGAUGAGCCCCACCAGCCCCACAGCGGGGAUCGCGGCCCUCUUCAGUACUUCCCCACAAGAGGGAGCACCCCAUGGUAGCCACAGCUGCGAUACCAGACACUAAGGCAGCAGAGCCUACCGGGCAACCAUCCUGCGUAGCGUGCGUGACGAUGCCCUUUGCCCACUCCUCUCUUGGCCUGCCUUGCACACCCUCAAUGCAGCUGUCCCGAUGGGGCGCAGGCCCAGACGAGGAGCUGCCCUGGUGCCGCCCCAUCCCAUCAGCUUGACAGUUGCCCUGUGUAUACAUCAGAGCCCGACCAACGGCCUGACCCCUCCUGUGCUGCUCUCACCCCUUGACCUCCUUGGGGACAGCCCUUUCUCCCACCAAACACCGAGAUCGGCACCCCCAAACUGGAUCCCCGUAACACUGUUUCGGCCUGUCACAAGGAGGACCAGCUGUAGGAUGGAGCCCCUCUGUCUCCCCUUCAUCCGGAGCAUCCCGAAGCUUCCCGGCGGUUGGCCGAUGAGCUCAGAAGCGUCCAGCUUGAAGACAGGGAGAGAGGGGCACAAUAAGGAGGAAAGGAGGAGGCGGCCAUUUCCAGAAGCCUCCAUGUUGUAAACGCUGAGGGCCCAACCAGGCUCAUGGUGAUUGAGACCACCACCCCCUGCAAAAUCCCAGCCAGCGCCAGCAACCGCCAUGCCCAGGGGGAGGGUGUCAAACCAAGGCUGAAGACGGAGGGCAACUUUGAAUGUAGAAC